CCAAGACGCUUUUUGAACUUAUCUAAAAAUAACUAGUUAUAAUUCAUAAAGAUAUUUUAUGUCCAAAUGAAGCUACUCAAAAGCAUUUUCUGAAUGCCUCCAAAAUUGAAAGAUGAAUGUAGUUUAUUUCAGGUCGAACUCAACAUAUUCUAGCUUUUAAACUUUUUGGUAAACAUGAAAUUAAAAUUACUUAGUGUAUUGCAUAAACAGUUUUAGAGCAAACACUGAUGAGAUUUUGUUAAUUAGCAACUGGUCUUAUUACGAUGGAUUUUAAUCUUCUACUAACACGCUGACUCUUUUAAGUUAGAUCUUUAUUAUCAUAGGUUUUUGGCUUUAACUACAGCUUUCUUUUUCAAUAACUAUAUUAUGAGGUUAGAUUGCAUAUAACGGAUUUUUAGUGUAGUAGAGAACAAGAGUGGUUGGAUAUUAAAGUGCAUAUUGCUUGCUGUUUAAAUAUUUUCAGAAAUUAGCGUAGAGCACCAAAUAUUUCUGGUCUUGACAAUUUAGUAUUGGAAACAAUGUAUUUGUAUUUUAGUUAUAUGACUUUCCAUUUUAUUGCAGGUUAACUGUCUUUUCAUUUGGCUUAUUUGCUAGUCCUGCUAUGGGAAUAUGUACUUAUAUCUUUGAGGUUUUGUUAGCACGCGGACUGCAACUUGAGAGAACCAGUAAAGUUGCUAAUGUUCAGUACUUGGAGGCAGGCCUAAGGCAAUUAUGCAGCCUUGCUCUGACAAGAUUGGCUCCAUCCUUUGAUCGCCUCGUUGGUGUUUCACUUAUUGUUAUCUCUGUGUGUUGCACCAUGUAUAUAGGACCUGAAAAGGAGACGGAAUGAUAUAGAUUUGAGCGAUGUAGUUGUGCAGCUUAUAUGACGUUAUUAUCAUUUGUUAUAUUGAACUUGUUUAUAUAAAGUCUAGUCUUAAUUGGUGUAUUUUAACUCUUUAUCCGUCUCUGUUUGUUCUUAUUUUAGCUGCUUCAGUCUUCAGAUUAUGGCAUUUAAUUGUUUUUAAUCAAAAGGUUUAACUUCAGAUUAUCAGUUUUAAAAACCCGAAUUCAAGUAAAUUGUACCGAUU